CAACUAGGCAACAUGUUGCUGCUUUUGACUCUGGGUGCGAUUGCUGCGUUACUUUUGUAUCGUUACGCGACCGCUUACUGGGAUUACUUCGAUCGACGCGGCAUCCGUUGUCGAAAACCUACCUUCCUGUUGGGUCAUUUGGGACCAAUCUUGUUUCAGCGAACUACACCGUGUGGAAAUUUGAUGGAUCAUUAUCGAGAAUCUGUCGGAGAGAUGACCUACGGAUUUUUCGAGUUCCGCAAACCGGUGCUGAUGUUGCGGGAUCUGCGACUGGUGAAGCAAUUGUUUGUGAAAGAUUUCGACAGUUUCCUAAAUCAUACAGUGCCAAUUGAUGAGCACAUGGAUUCCAUCCUUGGGAACGGUUUGAUUUCGUUGAAGGGACGAAAGUGGAAAGAUAUGAGAUCGACAUUGAGCCCAAUGUUCACCGGAAGCAAGAUAAGGCAUAUGCUGCCACUGAUAGAUAAGUGUGCUCUUGAUCUGUGUGAUUUCGUAACAAUGCAGCAGACAGAUGGUAAAUUAAUCGAAUGGGACCUUAAAGACUUGCUGGCGAAAUGUUUGGUAGGAGUUAUUGGAUCGUGUGCAUUUGGGAUUGAUAUUAACUGUUUUGAAGAUGCUGAUAAUGAAUUUAAUAAGGCAGCCACCUACCUAAUGAGUCAGUCAGAUUUUCGAAAGGUAGCAAAAAUUUUACUUUUUAUGGUGUGUCCUGAGAUUUGCAAGAAACUUGGUUUUCAAGUGUUUGACGAUAAGUACAAACGUUUGUUCAGAUUCCUGGUAGCCGAAACGAUCAAUAUCAGACAGAAAAAUAACGAAGUACGGCCGGAUUUGAUACAGCUUCUACUUCAAGCGAAGCAGGGUGAGUUUAAGAACGAAACGCAAGCUCAUGAAGCUAAGACUCAACCAAUCCAGUGGACGGAUGAUGAACUUACGGCGCAAGCUGUUAUAUUUUUUGCUGCUGGGUUUGAAACCACUUCUACUUUACUUAGCUUUGCCAUGAUGGAAUUAGCACUACAACCAACGAUUCAAAACCGCUUGAUUGAGGAAAUUGACAAUCUUAAGGAAAACAAUCCUACCUAUGAGCAAAUACAAAAUCUUCAAUACCUGAAUGCAGUUGUUUGCGAGUCUCUGCGUAAAUGGCCUCCGUUACCUGCCACGGAUCGCAUAUGUGUUAAGAACUACACAAUUAUAAAUCCUGAUAGUCAACUUUCUCUCCAUGAUAUAGAAGUGGAUAGACCGGUGUGGAUUCCAAUCUACUGCUUCCAUCAUGAUCCGCAGUAUUUCCCGGAACCGGAAGUAUUCAAUCCCAACCGUUUUCUAGAUCCAAACCGUAACGCAAUCAAUGAAGCUGCCUUCAUGCCUUUUGGUGUGGGACCUCGAAAUUGUAUCGGAUCCCGGUUCGGAUUGCUAGCUGCAAAGCUGAUUCUGGUGCGUAUUAUGCGUGCCUAUCGCAUCGAAUGUUGUACGAAAACCGAUGAUAAAAUGUCGUUAUCCAAAAGCAAAAUGUCGAUGAUAUUGGACAAAGGGCAUUGGGUCCAUUUAAAGUUGCGAAAUAAAAAUUUCGUAGGAUUCACCUGUGGAGUUAUUAGGUGA